AUGAGUCUAUUCGAUACGACGAACAUCGAUUUGUACGUAAAUGGAACGGCGAUUUUCACCGUUGAGCACCAACCUGCACUAGGCCCACCAGUGAGAAACUCGCGUGAUUCAGUGCGUGAUUGUACGAGAAUCAAUACACUCAACGAAAAAACGUCAUUCCAUUCACAUUGCGUGUACGAGACAUGUGCAACAAUGGCGGGCGGUUUAGCUGCGUAUGUUUUGAACGAGCGAUUUUGGUUCCCAGCUAAUGUUACUUGGGCCGAUCUUCGAAGUACUGAUGAGGCAAGAUAUCCACAGAUCGAUGAUUUCAAAGUUGUUCUGAUGAUGGCCAUUAGUUUGGUCUUCAUCAGACUAUUCUGUGAGAGGUUGAUAUUCUCUCCAAUCGCCGUGGCGAUCGGAAUCCGCUCAACAAGCGGCUACAAACCAGAGCCUAACCUCAUCUUGGAGAAAGCGUUUCUGUCCGUCACGCGUUCCCCCGACCAUAAACGUCUUGAGGGCCUUGGGAAGCAGUUGGAUUGGUCAGUGAGACGAGUGGAGAGAUGGUUCAGAAGGAGACGGAACCAAGAUCGCCCGACACCACUCAGGAAGUUCACUGAAACCUCGUGGCGCCUUGCAUUUUAUACGGUGGUCUUUCUGUAUGGUAUUUAUCACCUCCCCCAAGAGGAUUGGUUCUGGAGCUCCCGUCUAUGCUGGAUCAACUUCCCAUACCAUUCGCUCACCACACCCCUCUUCAACUACUAUCUGAUAGAACUGGCCUUCUAUAUAGCUCUGCUGCUCUCCAUUUUCACAGAUGUCCGAAGGAAGGACUUUGCUGCCAAUUUUGUGCACCAUAUUGCCACAGUGGUGUUGAUAACGUUUUCCUACACAUGUAACUUCACUCGUAUAGGAUCCCUUGUCAUGGUCAUUCAUGACAUCUCCGAUAUCUUUCUUGAGGGUGCAAAGAUUGCGAACUACUCGGGCUACAGCAUAUUGGCCCAUAUCUUCUUCGUCACAUUCGCUGUUGUAUUCUUUUUCACCCGAGUUAUAGUGUAUCCAUAUUGGAUAAUAUACAGUGUGUUUAUUGAGAGCGAUGAGAUCAUUGGGGCGUACCCUUCCAAGUAUUUUUUCUCCUUAUUGCUGUGUGUCUUAUACCUGCUUCAUAUCUACUGGUUCAGCCUGAUCGUCAUUAUGGUGUAUGGUGGACUCAAGGCAAGAAAGAAACUUGAUAAAGAUGCACGCAGUGACGUGGCAGAAAACACAGACAUUGGAAGCUCAGAGGAAGCUAAUGGCACAAACAAUCACUCCAAGACCAAUUCAUCUAACUCGGUAGCCAAUCACCAUUAAGAACAAGGUACUCAUUUACAUAGUGGGUGUGGCCAACUGUACAUGGACAAAGACAUCAUAAACGGUAGCCAAUCAGCAUUACGGACAGCUGUCAGGAAGGUUCUCAUUUACAUAGUGGGUGUGGCUUGAUCAUCAUGGAUGGAUACUUUAUACUUGGUAUCCAGUCAUCUUAAAGAAAAGCUUUCAGGAAAGCUUCGAUUGCAUAAGGGGCUUGGCCAACUUUGUAAGUAUUACAGAGAUAUGCUAAACUUUCUGUCAGUACUUUAUUCACAUAAUUGAUGGGAUCAACCAACUGUUCAUGAGGUAAAUUUGCAUAAUGUUUUGAUGUAACUGUGAUUAACUGUACCAUAACUGCAAAAGUAAGCGAAGAAAAUAUUGUAUGAAGAAAACUUUUGUAAAAAUAUUGGGAAGACAAUUGGGAUGCUCCUGCAAAAGGAAAAAUCAUGUUUCAAGUUUUAUUUAGAACACGUAGUAUAUAGGAAGUUUUAAUGUUGCUGUUGAUUUCAUUUUUAUGAAGAUGGCACCAAAAACGUUUUUGCGUAUUAACAUUAAGUUUCCUUUACAGCACACGUUUGAAGUUAUGUUUUACACAGCACAAAAGAAAAAUUUCACAAAUCAGUCAAGCAAAUUAAAAAAUUGAAUUAUUUUAUGCAAUUUUGAAGUACAUUAUUUUGAACUGCUGAUCACUUUAAAACCAUGUUCUGUAAGAAUUCCUUGGCAACACCCUGAGUAAAAGUCGUAGCCAUAGCUGUGUCCACAAUUAUGGAUAUGGCUUCAGUUUCCACAAAGAGGCUGAUCAAAUAGUUUGGUGCCUUACCAUCUACAAUUAAGGCAAGGUACCAGACUAUUUUCUAUUGGUUGUUUUACUUCUCUUCAAAGUCAAGUGCCCUUCCGCUGCUACAACGUACUUGGUUUUGAUUGCAAGAUUCUAUUUGAUUCCACACUUCCAUUUAUUCAGAUUAAACUUUUUGUUAAGUUUUCACAGCUGUACGAACUUUUUCGCUAGAGCAGCAAGGCAUUUGAAAAGUUUGUGAAAGAGAAGCAUUGAUUUAGACGGAAUGAAAGGCCUCUAAAAUAUACUUUCUGUACUUUAUCACAACAAUUUUUCACAAUUUUGAAAAGCUAUGAGUGUUUGCAAACAUGUCUUCAAAUCAGAUCGUAAUGUUGCCUAAAUUUUUAAAAAUAGCAGGCAUCGAUUAACUUGACCACCGAAGAAUUCCGGCCCACACAUUUCUUUCAUUCUUAAUUUAAAUUUGUGUCGAUUUAUUUAAUUAUUUUUCAGUGUUUUGUUUCACUGUGUUUUGUUUUACAUCCUAUAGUGCGAAGGAUUUUAUGUACUAUUACACAUCAAUCUGAAAUUCAUGAUUUUAUAAAGACAUGGCAAAAAACUAAAUUGAUGAAUAACAAAUAUUAUUCCAAUGCCCCCCCCCCCCUAUUAAUCACAGUUUAAAUUCUAGAUAGGCACAUCAUCGAAAUAUUUUGUUAAGUAUUUCAUAACAAAAAUUACCACAAUUUUGUUGCCCGUUUCAUGGUGAAAUACUUAAACAUAAUAUAGGUUGCGGUCGUUUAGCCUACCUGGGUCGACCCCGGUCUGUCCCGGAACGAUCAAAUAGAUUCUACAGGGCUCACCCGGGUCAGCCCCCAGUGCCCUGCUUGUGGAGUGGGUCACUUGGGAGUGGGUCACCACGAGAGGGCA